AUGUUGAAGCCUGCUGCCGUCUGGAGCGCGUCCAGGUGCCUGUGCCUGGCAGCUUGCGCCUUGUCCGCCCGCUUUAUCCCAAACCACGACUUCUCGCACGACCUCACAACCGAGGCCGGCUGCCUCUCCUUUCUCGUUCGGUGGGACGCCCUCUACUUCUACCGCAUCGCAAAGCACGGAUACACAGAAGAGAACAUGACUGCAUUUUUUCCGCUUUAUCCGAUGCUGAUCCGGGCGCUUGCCUGGCUCGGGCUUUCCUACACGCUCUCAGGAGCCCUGAUCUCUAACGGGUCGUUCCUGGCUUCCGCUCUUGUCCUGCACAGAGUAACCGAAAAGUUCCUCGGCGAGAAAAACGCCCUCAGAGCGUGCAUUCUCUUCUGUUUUAGCCCGUGCUCUGUCAUAUACUCGGCCCUCUACACUGAGGCUAUUUUCUGCCUGUUUGUGCUUCUUGCAGUCCGCUCUGCGCUCUCCAGGAAUGCCCGCCCGCUGGCCUUUCUGUGGGUCUCCUUGGCCUCUGCAGUUCGCUCAAACGGCUUCAUUCUCGCGCCUUUGGUUCUUCUUGAAACGUACUACAAGAGAAUGCACAGGCUUGCCCUGGGGCUUUGCGCCCUGCCUUUGGUUACAUUCCUGGGCAUACAAGCGUACUGGUGGACCACUAGAUUUCCGCACAUUUCCACCCUUCCGUACUCGUACGUGCAGGCGGUCUAUUGGGAGCAGGGGUUUCUCGAGUUUUACAAACACCCAAAAAAUAUUCCAAAUCUCAUAGUUGGGCUUCCGUUUGUUCUUUUGUCCUGCAUCGUCUUGGGCAGCUACGCCCGAAGAGAAAUAAGCGUGGGGCGCGCACUCGUUGACGAGGCUAAAAGAGCCGGACCUUUCGAGGCGUGGAGAAAAGUCUUCGAAGCGCCCGCUCGGGCAGAAGUGCCGGUACUUGGCAGAAAAGCCGGCUCCGCGCACACAGAAGAGGGCGCAGGAAACAAAAAGAAGGCGCGCGAAAGCAGGCAUGGCGCGUUUUGGGUGCUGAGGCUGUUCCUGCAGUGCGUGCUUCUCUUUCAGGUCGUGCUCUCUCUCUUUUUCAUACACAUGAACAUGCACUUUAGGUUUGUCUCGUACAACCCUGCUGUGUACUGGGAGCUGGCCGAGAUCUUCAAGAAGGGAGGAUUCUGGAAGCUUCUUCUGUUCGGAUACAUAUGCUUUGGGUUCGCAUAUUCCGUGCUGUACGGAGCAUAUUUCCCGCCCGCAUAG